AUGUGGGGUACUAAGAAAACAUUAUUUACUUUUAAACACUUGCUGAUAUUUGUUGGUAAUCCAGACCUAAUGAUUCGUCAAGGGAGUAUAGAUGAUAUUAAUGCUCAACAGUUUUUAAAGAUAGCUAACUAUGAAGACACUGUUAGGCAAUUGGAUAUUUAUUAUGCUAUAGUUAAAAGACAAUUAUUAAGAUUUCAAAGUCCCAUCACUGGUUUAUUCCCAGUACUGUCUUCAGACCUACAUACUGCAAGUGUUAGAGAUAGUAUAUACUGUGCGUCAGCAGUAUGGGGUUUAUACCAAGCUUACAGACGUAUAGAUGAUGAUCGUGGCAAAUCACAUGAACUUGGGCAGAGCACUGUGAAAUGUAUGAGAGGUAUAUUAGAAUGUUGGAUAAAGCAAGCAUCAAGAGUGGAAGCAUUCAAGACAAGACAGAGUGCAGCACAUGCACUUCAUGUCAAGUUCCACCUUACCACAGGGGAACCAGUGCUUGACGAUAGCGAGUAUCAUCACUUACAGAUCGAUGUGGUGUCUUUAUACUUACUCUUCCUUGUACAAAUGAUUACAUCUGGCCUACAGAUUAUUUACACUCAGGAUGAAGUAGCAUUUGUACAAAACUUAGUAUAUUAUGUGGAGAGGGCAUACAGAACACCAGAUUAUGGCAUGUGGGAAAGAGGCUCAAAAUAUAACGAUGGAACCCCAGAAAUACAUGCCUCGUCUAUUGGUAUGGCAAAAGCAGCUUUGGAAGCUAUUAACGGAUGUAACUUGUUCGGCGAUAAAGGAGCAUCAUGGAGUGUUGUGUAUGUUGACAUUGAUGCUCAUAACAGAAAUAGAAGUAUAUUCGAGACCAUGCUGCCUCGAGAGUCCAGCUCCAAGGGUGUGGAUGCAGCUCUCUUGCCUACAAUAUCUUUCCCAGCCUUCGCUACACAUGAAGAUCUCCUAGUUCAGUUAACAAAAACGAACCUUUUGAAUCGUUUGAAAGGCAAAUACGGGUUCAAAAGAUUCAGUCGAGAUGGAUAUAAGUGCGCACUUGAAGAUCCUAACAGACGGUACUAUAAUGAAGGAGAACUUAAGGAAUUUGAUGGGAUUGAAUCGGAGUGGCCCCUUUUCUAUGUUAUGAUGAUAAUCGAUGGAGUAUUCCGAACUUUACCAGAACAAGUAGAAGAGUAUCAGAAGCUUUUGAAGUCGAGAAUUUAUAUGGAUGAAUAUGGGGAUCCAGUUAUACCUUGGUAUUACUAUGUACCACGUGAAGGUAUCGAAAAUGAACGCAGCGAGCCGUACUCUGUGCGACGUCUACCGGCAAACCAGCCUGGAGACAAUGAAAAUAAAGAUACGGGCGGUUUAUUCUUAUGGGCGCAGUCGUUGUUUGUGCUUGCGCAGCUUCUUACUGGCGGUCUGUUGCACGUCAACGAGUUGGACCCAAUAAGACGGUACCUCCCUUCUUAUAACCGGCCACGCCGCGCCGGUAGAUAUUCUGCUUUUCAGGGUAUAGCAACAGAUCUCGUGGUACAAGUUGUGCUGAUAGCGGAGUCGAUGCGACUUCAAGCAAUGAUGGGGACGUAUGGCAUACAGACGCAGACCCCACAUGAAGUUGAACCUGUGCAGGUGUGCAGCUCAACUCAAUUGGUACACGUCUAUCGUGAACUGGGCGUCUGUAAUAAAUUGAAACUCACUGGUCGCCCUAUCCGACCGGUGGGAUCUUUGGGCACAAGCAAAAUUUAUAGAGUGUGUGGCAUGACAGUACUGUGUUAUCCGCUAAUAUUCGAAGUUUCCGAAUUCUACCUUUAUCGAGACAUGGCUCUGCUAAUCGAUGACAUCAAAACUGAGUUACAAUUUGUUGGGAAAUAUUGGCGUUUAUCGGGACGUCCGACGGUAUGCCUUUUAGUCCGCGAGGAGCAUAUGCGAGACCCCCACUUCAAGCAGAUGUUAGACCUAUUCGCUAUGCUCAAAAAGGGCCACUGCGAUGGAGUUAAGGUGCGUCUGGGGCGAUUACAGAAUCUCAUAUCCAGCUCUUGUAUAGAGCACUUAGACUUCAUGAGCCAGGGUGAAUUCCCGUCUGAGAUGUUCACGCAGUUCAAGCAGCUGCAGCACGACUACAUCGGUUACCAGUCUUUAACUGACGUGCCCCGAACGCUUACCUACCGAGAACAAGACCUAAACUACGAGUCGUUCAAACACAGACCCACCUCAGACGUGGUAGAUGCUUUGCGCUCCACCGAGAAUAUCUUCGCCCAGAGCCAGUUGUGGGGAAUACUCAUGGAUAGAGAAGGACCUAUGUAUGAGGUGAAUGGUGUCAGUGCAUUGGAAUCCCUAAAGAGCCUGUACCACAGUGCCGGUGUACUACGACACUGGCGGGCAGUGCGCUACUGUUCGUCUCUACUCAAUCACACUGUGGAUUCUAUCAGCCCUUUUAUUACCACUGUACUCGUGAACGGGAAACAGUUAACGGUGGGAGUUAUCGGUCAAAAGGAGACAGUUUUCGACAAGCCAAUGACACCGGGUGAAAUCCAGUCCGUCAUGUAUUCUACCAUUCAACCCUAUGAUGUUAUCGGUGCUGUGUUGCAACAAGAAAUUGUGUUGUACUGCGGGCGUUUAAUUGGCACCAAUCCUGAUAUGUUCCGUGGUAUCCUGAAGAUUCGUGUAGGCUGGGUGUUGGAAGCGAUCCGAAUUUACCUCGAGCUGUUUCCUUCCGAGAAAAAGGCGGACGCGACUCUGGAGAGUCUAUCGCCGUACAAGUUGCGUACUCUGUUACAAAGAGUGCUCACCGUUUCCGAUUGGGCUGAAGAAAGGGGGCUGUCUCCCUUGCAACGCCGCCAACUGGAAGGAUGUCUUUGUCGCGUCCCAAAACAUUUCUACGUACAAGUAUGGGAUAUUCUCCUGAGGACUCCGCAAGGUAUUAUUGUACAAGGCCACGCGAUUCCAGCUCAGCCGACCCUGGUGAAUAUGUCACGUUCGGAACUGUCGUUUGCACUCUUGGUAGAGGAGGCUUUAGUGCGUAUCUCGUCGGCGGGCCGACGGCAGCUUUGCGUGGAACUACUGUGUAUACUUGCCACUAUACUGCGUCGUAAUCCUGAACUCUAUCUACAACAACCGCUUGAUCUUGAUAAGCUCCUAGAUGACGCCCACUCUACCUAUGCAAAGGAUAGCGGUAAGCCUCUUUCCGAUUGCUCGUUGGCGGGGGCAGCCGCAACAGUUACUCUUGGUUACUUAGCGAGAGCAGUAGUGAAUAGCGUUCUACAAGCGGCAGCCGCGCCGCAUCUAGCAGCUGCUGCUCCAACUGAUCAUGAAUCCUGUCUUAUUGCUUAG